AAGGGCAUAAAAGUCCUUGGGCUUUUAUGUGGGAAAGGCUGCUCCUGGCUAGAGGCGAUCUAAUUGAACUACUUUGCAUAAUUGCAAUGCCAUAGCAGCUGCAUACAGGCCCAGUCCACUCCAGCUGAGGUGAAAAGGUCAGGCUUCCGAAAAUUCAAGUGGAGGGGCCAGGCAGGGGGGUUAACCCCCGGCCUCACCAACCAGAACCACUCUAUAACUGUCAAAAACACAUGCAGCACGGGCUUGACCCACUCUCCAGCUGGCAACCUGCGCGUAGAGAGGCCCCGGAACACCCCUCCCCCUCUGGGCGAAUGGUAUCGUCCUGACCUGAUUAGACAUUUGAAUUUAAUUAGGCAUAAAUUCUGUGUGGCACAAGAGCAGAGCCCAGUGGAAGAGCAGGCAGCUGGCAGCACCGCACGCUUGUUGUGUCACAUACGUGCGUACGUACGUACAGUUCCUGACACUGACAGUCUUUCCCACCACCACAGCACAACAACAUGCAGACCACCGGGGAUAUCCUACAUCAGGACACCACAGGAUUGGACCUCCGCACGCUUGUCAACUCCAACGUUCCCGCCAGCCAGGGUUACGACAUGAGCGUGGUGCCCCCGGCCAACGACAGCCCGCUGUCAUGCGGCGAAAACAUGGACACGGCCGCGGACAUGCAAGACAUCGACGAUGAGGUGGAACAACUUCUCCGAAUACCGCAGGACGACCUUGCGUUGUUGAUCUCCGACUACCUGGACAGACACAACGUGAAACAGUCGACGAUCGCGGACCAGGCCAAACUGGGGAAGGCCCACCUGUCCGUGUUCCUCCGCGGGAAGGAGCGGAUGCGAGGGUACAAGCGGAGGCAACUCAUCACGUGGUUCGUGCGCCACAGAAGGAUGGCUCCUCAGAACGGCGCCUUUCCAUGCGUUGGGAACCACCUGUUCCUGAGAGGACCCCUGCGUGGCCCGCGGAAACGGCGCUUCACGUGGCCCGCCGAGGCGCUGACCAUCCUGGAGAAGUUCUACGAGACCAACCCGUACCCGACCGUGCACGACUACCAGAUCAUCAUCGCGUCCCUCGGACCCGUCGGCUGCAGCCCCACGCCCGACCAGGUGCGGUUCUGGUACCAGAACCGACGCCGCAAAGACGAGAGCUCCGUCAUCGUACAGCGGAGGAAGCUCGUCAGAGGUUAUGGGGAUGACCUGUUGAUGUCCCCUGUUAGCACCGUGCCAUCCGCCUUCCCACACAGCGUCAACAACACGUUCCAAACCCCCGACAUGGGAAAAUCCGACCCCGAAGCUGCCCUGAUCCAGGCCAUGCCCCUCCCCUCGUCCACAACGCUGGUUCCACCAAUCCCGCGCCUUCAACAGGUCACCAUGGCAACAGCCCUACCCAAUCAGAGUCAUCAGAGUCCCAUCGUGUCCAGCAUACAGCCGCGAAUCACCAUGCCUCUCACGGCGAGAAGAAAAGCCCCGCUCAUGGCGCCUGUGCUCCCGGUGACGACCGCGGGAGUGACAGCAGUGCCCAACAACGUACCCCAACGUCAGAACGGCACCGACUCUCUUCUCACUGUCCCCGUGAUCGGAACUCUCGGAAACACAACAAACAGCCAGCCCCUCGCGCUGACGUCACCUAAACCGUCUACCCACCCCGCCGCUGUGGUGCCACCCUCAACCGCACCGACGACACCCGCAGCAGCAACAACAACAGCCUCCACCACACCGCAGGCCCAGCCUACAGACCUCUCCAUGACGGCAGCCGCCUGCGCGAUUCUGUCUCAGGCAGCUGGCUCGCCGCUGAUGACCAUCGCAGACUACAUGCAGCAGAUGCAGCAGCUGCAGCUAGACAUGUUUAAGAAGCAGCUGUUGGACCAGCUCAGCCAAAACGCGCCCAUGGACCUCUCCAGCAAGAAGCUCGCGGACGCAUCCACACAGACCGAGGGGAAAUGUGUCAUCAUCAAAGAAGAACCCAGCAACCCAAACCAACAAUUCCAGUAAGAACUUUUUAAAAAAGUAAAGAAAAAAAACUAACUUAUUUUCCUGUUGCCCACUUAUGGAUUAUUUCUCCACAGAUUUAUAAAAUCAUGUUGUUGUAUCCUUGUUCAGUAUUGUAAAUUAACAAGGUUAAAUUUUGCCCAGGAGUUGUUUAUUUAUGACAAUGUCCUGAUGAGCCUUGCCUUAACCUCUGAGGUAGUUCUGUUCCUGUUAGACGAUUGCUGACAAAGACUGUAUAUAUUAACAGAAUCUGCAAACAGUUUACAAGUGUGUGCCUCUAUGUACAAGUUACAGACCGUGUCUCCGGUAUCAUUGAUAAAUGGUGUUUGAAUAGACCAUGACAGUGACAAAUAUGUGUCAUUCUCCACUUGACUAGCCCUGAAAAAGGCACCACCUAUUGUCAUUAAACAACAUGAAUAAGAGAUGAUCUUUUGUUACUCAUCUUAUAUCCAUUAACAGUAAUUGGUCUAUUGCCAAUUGGCGAGGUUCAAAAAAAAAAACUGUGUCAUACUAUUUCUCACAAACAUUAAAUUAUAAAUGUUUUAAGUUCAUGUACCUAUGUUUUACAUCAAUAAAUGUGGACUACUGUUGGGCCCUACAUUAGUAUUACUUAGUACUAGUACUUUGUCAGUUCUAACAGUAAUGUAAGUGAGUUGUCCAGGCUUCAGACUUAGAUUCAAUGGUACAAAUGUAGGCUGUGAUCAACAGCAACAACAAUACAAACAUGUUGAAAACUGCUGAGCCAGUCAUGUGUGCUCUGUUUGAGUUAAAAGUAUUGUUCAGUACUUGUUUUACCGUAAAUCUUCUAACUUUGUCUUCCCUAUCAAUGUUGCAGGAAUUGUUAAAAAAUAAUAUACUUUACUGUUGUUUUUGAGUACCAUUUUAUGAGACUGUUCUGUACCGUUCGUAAAUACUUUCCUUAGGUGGACCUGUGGCAUUGAGUUGUUAUUAGACAGUUUACAGUACAUGUUGGUGGUUUUGUUGGAGUACGAAUGUCUGUAAUGUUUUCUUCAACUCAAUAAUUCAUGUGGAAUGAGAUCCUGACUAGCACUGAGAGACAACUAGUCUGUUCUAAACACACAUCAACAAACAAUGUUCAAUGUUUUUUUGGCAAUAAAAAUGUCUGGUUUAAUAAUACAAACUGUGAAGUCAUUAUUCAUUUGCACUG